AUGGCCACCUUCUUGGAGCUCAGUACCAAGGCAAAGAUGCCCAUUGUGGGUCUGGGCACCUGGAGGUCUCUCCCAGGCCAAGUGAAGGAAGCUGUGAAGGUGGCCAUUGAUGCUGGAUAUCGCCACAUCGACUGUGCAUACGCAUAUAACAACGAGAAUGAAGUUGGAGAAGCCAUCCAAGAAAAGAUCAAAGAGAAAGUUGUGACGCGAGAGGACCUCUUCAUUGUCAGCAAGUUGUGGCCCACCUGCUUUGAGAGAAAACUGCUAAAGGAAGCCUUUCAGAAGACCCUCACGGAUCUGAAGCUGGACUAUUUGGACCUCUAUCUGAUUCACUGGCCGCAGGGACUUCAGCCUGGAAAGGAGUUAUUCCCCAAAGACGAUCAAGGCAAUAUCCUCACCAGCAAAAUAACGUUCUUGGAUGCCUGGGAGGGCAUGGAGGAACUGGUAGACCAGGGGCUGGUGAAAGCCCUGGGCGUCUCCAACUUCAACCACUUCCAGAUUGAAAGGCUCCUGAACAAGCCUGGACUGAAACAUAAGCCAGUGACCAACCAGGUCGAAUGCCACCCCUACCUCACCCAGGAAAAACUGAUCCAAUACUGUCACUCCAAGGGCAUCACUAUCACGGCCUACAGUCCUCUGGGCUCCCCAGAUAGGCCUUGGGCCAAGCCAGAGGACCCUUCAUUGCUAGAGGACCCCAAGAUUAAAGAGAUUGCUGCAAAGCACAAGAAAACCUCAGCCCAGGUUCUGAUUCGGUUCCACAUCCAGAGGAAUGUGGUGGUGAUCCCCAAGUCUGUGACACCAGCACGUAUAUAUGAGAACUUCCAGGUCUUUGACUUCCAGUUGAGUGAUGAGGAAAUGUCCACUAUCCUCAGCUUCAACAGAAACUGGAGGGCCCUCCUGCUGCCUGAGACAGCAAACAUGGAAGAAUAUCCUUACAAUGCAGAAUACUGAAGCUCAAUCACUUGAAGAGACUUCCUCUUUGCUGAUGUCUGCCUCUCUCCUGGAGCCCCGGUGAAGCCAAGCCUACCUGAUAUCAGGCUGGGUUUAAAUUCUCAUGUUGAAUCAGGGGCAGACUGUUGCAAGGAAGUGUGACUCGGAGAAACAAACAGGCGUUUCUUUCACUAAUCUGAUCUGAACAAAUGCUUGUCAAAAACCAGGAACUCUGGUAACAUUUGGUUGACAUUUAUUUUAGAAAUGUGUGGUAUAUUAAGUGUCUUUAAUUUUUUUGUUUGGUUGAGAUUACAGUAACUUUGAUUUGCUUUACUGGGAUUUUUAAAUUUUAAUUACACCUUUUCCAUGUCAAUGCACAGCACUUGCCCAGUCCUUUGUAUUCCCUUCUCUCAAUUCAAUAAACAGAAUGAGCA